AUGUCAAACUACGCUAAGUUUAUGAAGGAGGUGAUGUCUAAGAAGCGUAAGUUAGAGGACUAUGAAACAGUGAAGCUAAUGGAAGAAUGUAGUGCCAUUAUCAAGAGACAAUUACUGGAAAAAUUGAAAGAUCCAGGAAGUUUUACAAUUCCAUGUGUUAUUGGUGAACUACAUAUUGAGAAGGCCUUGUGUGAUUUGGCUGCUAGUACCAAUCUAAUGCCUUUCUCCAUCUUUCGGAAACACAAUCUUGGAGAGGUCACACCAACUACUAUUUCCUUACAUUUGGAAGAUCGUUCUUUGACGUAUCCUAGAGGUAUCAGUAUCAGAUGGGACUCAUGUAUUGAGUUACGAAGAUCUAGAACUAGAGACAAAUUUGUCCUAUGA